AUGGUCCGGGUCCAGUUCUCCAUCAAUCCGUCGCUCCAGCACCCAGACAACCUACUUAGCAUCGUCAACUACCGCAAAGAAAUCGAGACCAUCUGCGAGGAACGCUUUGGUUUCACCUUCCACAGCGACCUCAACGAACACGGCCAGCAGCUCCUUGGGACCCCCAUCCAGCGCACCGCCCAGGCCUGGGCAGCUCCACGACGUGGAUACCUCUUCCUCCGCGACAUCGCAGUGGUCAAGUUAUACCAAUACGCUGGAGUCCUUAGCAACGGGCUGUAUUACCAUCAGCUGGAAUACUAUAACCGGUCCAAACUGGCUCCUGCGGACCUCCUGUGUGACCUCCACGCCCUUGGAACCACCGAUGCCAUCGUACAGAGAUGUCUAUGCCCCACGGCCCGCGUGACCAUUGGGAGGCCAUUGGCCAAACCAUGGCAGAAACUGUCGAUGCCAACUUCAGCCCACAUGCGGCUGGAAAAAACCGACUUGACCAGUGCCGCCGCCCUUGUGGACACAAAGGUCCGCAUCGGCCCGCUCCCUACCCUCACCACUCCCGAGGACAUCCUUGCAGCACUCCAUGGCUCCCAGCUUCCCACCCCUAAUCCGUCCAGCUACACGUACUCAUGGACCGCCCACACCACCAAUACAAAAAAUGUGACCGCUUCACGUAUCUGGACCCCCGCGACCGUGCACGCAGCAAAUCGCGUCACAAAUCCACCGGCCGUGGCGCCACGCGCAGUCCGGUCGCACGAUCACCCAGCAAGAGUGGUCUCUCACGCGCCGGCCGCUCGGCCUCUCAAAACUCCGCCAAGGGGAGCCAUCCCCCCAAACCUGCAAUACCCCCUUCAACGACAACCGGUGCCAGCCCCAGCCCCGACCACGGACUUUGGCCCACACCGACGACGGGAACUCUUCUCCUACGUUGACAAACGCAUCGUCAAGGCCACAGACCCCCUCCAGCAGGAAGUUGAUACCCUCACAGCCUUAGUUUCUGCUACCAGUGCCGCCUUCACCACCCUCCAUGCGCGCCUCCUUGAGGAACGAGCCUCCGUGAGGCCGAUGAACGCCAACAAACCGAGAACCAGCGCACCUUGA